AUGAGUAAAGACUUAAAAUUAGCCGUUGUAGGUACUGGUAUCUUCGCUACUGAUAUGCAUUUACCAACCAUUAAUAAGAUCUCCAAUUUAAAAGCUGUUGGAUGUUAUAAUAGAACUAAAGCUAAGGCUGAGACUUUUGCCGAUAAAGCAGGAAUUGCUAAAGACAAGAUUUAUGAUUCUUUGGAAGAAGUUUUCCAAGAUGAAUCAAUUGAUUUUGUCGAUACUUUAUUACCUGUUCAAUACAAUUUAGAUGCUGUUAAAUUGGCUGUUAAAUAUAAUAAACCUAUGAUCUUUGAAAAACCAAUUGCUGCCAAUUUAGAACAAGCUAAAGAAAUUGUUAAAAUUUCUGAACAAUCUGAUUUACCAAUUGGUGUUUUAGAAAACUGGUCAUUCCUUAGUUCAAUUGAAAAGAUAAAAAAAGACUAUUUACCAAAAAUUGGUAAAGUUGUUAGUUUCACCUAUAAUUCCACAGGUCCAUGGAUUUCUGAUAAUAAAUAUCUUGAAACUACUUGGAGACAAAAACCUCAACAUAUUGGAGGUUUCUUGAGUGAUGGAGGUGUUCAUCAAUUAGCUUUAUUAACUGGUCUUUUGGGUGAUGUUGAAUCAAUUUCCGCUUUAACUCAACAAUUAAGAGAAUCUUCAGGUACUGAUGAUAUUUUAUUCUCAACUAUGAAAUUAAAAUCUGGUGCUAUUGGUACUUUCUCUUAUGGUUCUGCUUUCGGAGCUGCUGAAAAGGCUCAAUCUUUAAUCAUUUAUGGUUUAGAAGGUUCAAUUGUUUACAAUUUCUCCAAAUCUUUACCAAAACCAAAAGUUACUUUAAAAACUGGUAGUGCUAACCCUGCUGAAUUCGAAACCACUGAGUUCGAAUUAGAAGAAGUUGAUACCAUGGUUGAAGAAUUCAAAAACUUCUCUGAUGCUUUAAUCAAAAACGAUAAGAAACUUGUUAGAGUACCACCAGCUGUUGCUUUCCAUCAUUUAGCUAUUGUUGCUGCUGCUCUUGAAAGUUCAGCCAAAAAUGGUGAUUCCGUUAAAAUCGAACAACCAUAA